AGAAUAUAUCCUUAUUAAAAUAUUUUGAUAAUUAAUAAUGUUGCUCACCCUUGUAAAAUGGAUAAUUUUAUGGUAAUUCUCUAGUCUAGGGUAAUUCUGUGUAGAACAGUGUCAAACAACCUCAGUCAGGAUUAAAUCCUUUUAAUGACAAAAGCUUUUGGGCUCAAUUGGAAUUUGAACCGAGUACAGAGUGACAAGAAGAGAACACUUCCUCAUAUGAGUCACCCCCCCCUCCCCCCUGUGUGCAAGGAACUGGUCCAGUAAGUACCCUGUCUAAUCAGCACAAAAUCUGAAACACAAAUAUAUAUAGAGAGAGUUGUUUUCCACUGAGUCUCUCUCUCUCUCUCUCUCUCUCUCUCUCUCUCUCUCUCUCUCUCUCUCUCUCUCUCUCUCUCUCAAAUGAGGAAAUGGCUAUAGAGAGUUAGAACACUGGGUUACAGGAGUUUAAGAAAAACAUCAAGUUUCUUAAAAUGUGCAGCAUAAUAUAACAUUUAAAAUCAGGUUAGAAGUGGCAACACAAGGCCGAUGGAGCAGCAGCUGAAACAGAACAGGAAGGCCCAGACUGGAGUCUGGAAUACCAACCUGCGCACGCGCACACACAGGAACAAGCCACUCCUUUACUGGCUCACUUUCACAAUAAAGCGAGUUGCACUGCAGAGCUGUCACUUAUCUUCCUCCAAGAUGGCUGAGAGACCACAAAAGAAAUCCAAAGAAGAAAGGGUGAUCGAGUAUGUGACCAAAAGCAAUUUUGUACACAAUGCUUUCAUCCUCUUCAAGAAAGCCACUGAUAUAGUCGCUGAAUGUUUUCCUUUUUGCACACUGACGGAAGAGCAGCAGAUACUGAAGCAGAUACUGGAUCAGAUGCUGCACAGCAUCCUGUUCUCAGGUCACAUUCAUGCAAAGUACCCUGCAAAUGUCAUCUUUGAUCAUUUUGAAAUAUUGGGCGCAACGAUGACAGAUUUCCCAAAACCAAUCGAGCAAUACAAAACCCACGUGGCUCUCCGGACACCUUUCUCCUUCCUCCUGGAACUGGUCACAAAAUGCUACGGCCAAAACAAUGAAAGCACAGUGAAGAAAAAGCUGUCUCAUAUAUUACAGUGUUGUAAAAAAUCAAGUGAUGAUUACCCUCUGAUUUCCACAGUCAUAUGUAUCUGUGAGAUCAGUGGGUCCACAUACUAUGGGGCAUCUCUGUCCUGUGGAAGUGACAAAGAGCAAAACAUCAUGACUGCUGUGUCCUGUCUACAUGUUUGGCAUCCCAAAGUUUCCUCUGCUGUGACGUCUGUGUUUCCUGACGGCUCUGGAGAACCACGUAGAAUAGAACUCCCAGAUACAGUGAGCUGUAGAGCGUAUGCAAUGGAGGACCUGGGGAAUCUGAAACCACCUUGUAAACGCUGCAAUCAGCUUUAUUCUCUUCCUAAUCACACAGACCAUUUAAAUACCGCUGGUAACUGUGCUGAGACCGAGGCGAUCAGUAAUCUCCUCAAAGAAGAAGAGGAUGUGAAUGAUCAGACCACCAUCAAUGGAGGUGUUUAUGAUAAAACGGUGUUUAAACUGAAGAUGGAAGAAUACAUUAAAAACAACAUUGUUAAUAUUGAUCAUGUCUAUUUUCCCAAUUAACCUGAAGCUGUGUGAUCAUCUAAAUGAAUUUUGCUGAAGCUCUAUAAUCGUGUAACUGAAUUAUCCUGAAGCUCUACAAACGUGUAACCGUAUUAUGCUGAAGCUCUAUUCUGUAUUAUAUGAUUUUAAUGCUCUAUGAUCUUGAAUCUGUAUGAUCCUGUAUGUUUGGGAAUAGGAAAGAAGCUCUGCUUUGAUAUCAAAUAAUGAAUAAUAUAAUAAUAUAAUGCAAUAAUGAACAAGCAGCAUUUCCUCAGCAUUUUGUAUUCCAUAAAAUAAAUCAUAAAUGAUUAAUAAUA